ACACACUAAAACACACACACACACCAAGCCAAAUUUGAUUUCGAAACUCCAUCGAUUUGAUUGUGACAAAGAAGAAGAAACGUGGAAUGGCUGUUACGCACGAUUAUCAAUCGCUAUGACCAUCUUCCAAUGCUCCAACCAGGAAUCAUCAUUCUUCAAUUCAAUUGCAAUCAAUUUCCGAUCAGAAUUAACAGAUAUUCGUAGGAGAUUCGUGGAGGGAAUCGAUGGAUGAAGAAUUGCCAGGGGCAAUUGGAACAAGCGCAAGUUUAGCCCUAAGAUUGGGACAAACCGUAUUCUCUGUUGCUUCCCUCCUUUUCAUGUGCGUCGGUGUUGAAUUCUACGCUUAUACGUCUUUCUGUUUUUUGGUGACAAUCAAAGGGUUAACAAUCCCAUGGAGUUUAACCCUCGCAAUGGUGGAUGCAUUUUCUGUAUUUGUAAAACGACCUUCUCGCCAAAUACAAAUAGUGUCCAUCAUCGUUAUUGGAGACUGGGUGUUAUCAUUUUUAUCACUAGCAGCAGCAUGUUCAACAGCAAGUGUUGCUGAUUUCAUGAUUACAGAAGCUGGUGCAUUUUUUUGUGGAAGAAAAUUGUGUAGCAGAUAUCAAUUGUCAGCUGCAAUGGCGUUUUUGUCAUGGUGUUUGUCUAUAGCUUCUGCUCUUUUUAACCUUUGGCUUCUUCCUUCUUUAUAUUAAUUUGUGGAUAAAAGUUUUGGGUGUAUGAUUGUUAUAGGUGGUGCAUAUAGUAAAUAAGUAAAAAGAAGAAAAAUGAAAAGGGAAUCAAGAAGAUGAUUUUUUUUUUUUUAAAAAUAGAUUAUCAUUUAAGAUAUAUAGCACAAAAGGGUAUAUGAUUGUUAUGUCUUCUUCAAGUGAAUAUAUUUUUCUUUGUUUAUGAAAUGAAAUCGCAUGCUUUUUGGAA